CCGGGUCACAGAAUGGUUAAAGCAGCUUUAAGUAGAGAGUGGAUUAUUUUCCCCUCAGUUUGUCUUCUGUUUGCGGCUCUGAAAGAAUGUUGUGGGCGCUCUUUUUCCUGGUGACUACUAUUCACGCUGAACUCUGCCAUCCAGAUGCAGAAAAUGCCUUUAAAGUAAGACUUAGCAUCAGAGCAGCUCUUGGAGAUAAAGCAUAUGUCUGGGACACGGAUCAAGAAUACCUCUUCAGAGCAAUGGUGGCAUUCUCCAUGAGAAAAGUUCCCAACAGAGAAGCAACAGAAAUUUCCCAUGUCCUGCUUUGCAACAUAACCCAGAGGGUGUCGUUCUGGUUUGUGGUCACGGACCCUUCCAACAAUUAUACUCUUCCUGCAGCUGAAGUACAGUCGGCCAUAAGAAAGAAUAGGAACCGGAUCAACAGUGCAUUUUUUCUGGAUGACCAUACUCUGGAAUUUUUAAAAAUUCCUUCUACUCUUGCUCCCCCGAUGGAGCCAUCUGUGCCCGUCUGGAUUAUUGUAUUCGGUGUGAUAUUUUGCAUUGUUACAGUUGCAAUUGCACUACUGGUUCUAUCUGGAAUCCGGCAACGCAGAAGGAACAACAAAGGACCACCUGGAGUGGAAGAUGCAGAAGACAAGUGUGAAAACAUCAUCACAAUAGAAAAUGGCAUCCCUUGUGAUCCCUUGGACAUGAAGGGAGGGCACAUUAAUGAUGGCUUCUUGACAGAGGAUGAGCGCCUCACCCCUCUCUGAGAGUGACAGUCUUGUAAGAAAAUUUUAAGAUGCUUGAAUGUGAUUGACAACAAAUUAUAUCCACAAAGACCAAUGAAAUCAUAAGGUGUUAGCUUCUCAAAAUAUUCUAGAAUUUUCUUUUUGAUAACUGAUUAUGUAGGUAUAGUGUGUGUUUGUAGUUACUGAUUUGAGCAUUUCUAGAAAUAAAGUCAGGGCUGUAACUAUAUUUCAUAUUUUGAAGACCUAAGAAAAAAAUUUUCACUGGAGAAUGGCUAUAACAUGGCAUAGAAAUCAUUAAAAAUGGAUCUUUUUGAAUACUGUUUAUAUUACUCUGUAUAUGAUGCAUCGAGUAAAAUUAAACAAGAGAUGGAUAAAAAUGGCAAGGGAAUUUUAUUCUGUUAUCACACCAACAGUUGCUUGUAUAGUUUCUGCAUAUUAGUCUUUAGUAGGGCAAGCAGAUCUAUUUGUUGUUGCCUGCAAUUUGUACACAUCCUACCUAUGCUGAUUUAAUAAAGUAGUGAUCAUCUC